AUGGCAAGCAAGCCCAUUAAGAAAUAUUUAAUUAUAUCGAGGCACAGACAGAUUUUGUUCAAUACUUGUAACCACUCUUCGUUCCUGAAUAAAGUCUGUUAUUUUUUUUACCAUACGACGUGUGCAUUCUUUAUCUGGCGCUGCGAACAGGAUCGUUAUACGCCUUCGUGGAAAACAUCUGGAAGUUUGUACGAGCCCAGCCAACCAUCAGUAAAACCUUCGAGAUUCAUCAGAGCUCUACCAGUCCAAUGCCUACCAAUUCGAGCGCUACUGAUGAACCCUCUGCUCAAAGCACCUCCGGUAAUCAAACUGCCGCUAGGAAAUUCAAGAUUAAUCGAAAAUCGUCAUAAAACUCAAUUCCUUAUUAAUUUAAAUUAUAUAACCAAUCCAAAACUACAUGAAAAUCAACACGCACUGAAUCUACAGAAUUAAAAAGUUAUUUUCUUCUGUAAAGGUUUGCAAGGCACUUUUGAGCACAAUACUAUCAAUAUCCAAGAAAGCAUAGUUUCUG